AUGCAUGAGGAAUCUCCAGCUGUUAUUCAUCUCGCAAUCCAUAUACCAAAUGAACAGCCUAUAUACUUUGAGGCGAAUAUCAAUGAAGAGGCUUUAUGGGAGAGAAUGCUGUUAGCGAAGUCAACGCUCAUUGCAUUCUUUGAAUAUAAUCAGUUACAUGAAGAUGGACAACAAUAUCUUUACCAGGAUUUCCCACCACACUUUACUUACAAUCCACAACUCUGGAAAUAG